AUGCAAAAUAAAAUAUUUGAACCAGCAUAAAUAGAUCUGAGUAUAAACCUACGAUUUCAAUUAUAAUCCAAAUUUCUAUCCAAAAAUAAUAAAUAUAUUGAAAUUUUGUGUUAUGAAAAUCUAUUGUUCAAGAAGGUAGUUCUGGAUACAUAUCUCUAGUCGUAAAAAUCAUUCAAAAUGACGAAACUUAACAGUGUUUUAAGAUAUUAAAUCAAACAUGAAUCCACUUCCAUAAUUUUGAGGUUGGAAAAGGAUGAUUGUUUAUUUAAAGAAUAUUUAUUUCUUGAUAAGUCCAGUCCUUGGGAAUAAAAAUUAAAAUCUCAAAUUCCCUAACUAGACUAUUAGACAUACUAUGAACUUGAGAAGUUGAUAGGAAGUGGAAGUUUCGCAUCCGUCUACAUAGCUAAAAGGAAAACAGAUGGAAAUAAAUUAGCAAUUAAAGCAUUUCUUAAGAAAAUGCUUAUGUAGAAAGACCCAGACAAAUGGAGAGAAUCAAUUGAUAAUGAAAUCAAAGUCAUGAAAUCUUUAGAUCAUCCCAGCUUAUUAAAGUGUUACGAUCAUUUUGAAAAUCGCGCAUAAUGUUAUAUAGCAAUGGAUUGGGCUAGAGGAGGAACUUUAGAAUAGGGAUUAUGCAAAUUGGAAGAGCCUUUGCCAUUUCUUACAGUCAAAGUUAUUUUCCGAUAAAUUGUUGAAGCAAUAAAAUACAUGCAUUCUCGAGGAUAUAUGCAUCGAGAUCUAAAGCCAAGUAAUAUACUUCUCAAGAGACCCAUGCCGUUGAAACAAUUCUCACUAAUUGCUCAAGCAGAUCCUAAUAUAGUAGUCAGUGAUUUUGGAGUAAGCUCAGAAAUAAAGGUUGAUAUGGAUGUUGGAAGAUACUGUGGUUCUCCAGGUUUUAUGGCUCCAGAAGUUAUUCUUUGUGAAAAUAACCAAACCUUAACCUACAACGAGAAAUGUGAUAUCUUUAGUUUAGGAUGCAUAUUAUAUAGAUUAAUCACCCAAAUAAGCCAUUAUUUAUAUGGAUAUGAAUUUCAAUGGGCUAUGAAAUAAUAGAAAUUUAGAAUGCGCGAUUUCGACUGGAUAUAAGAUUUAAGAAGAGCUAUAUUUAAAAUAAGGCAUUAACAAAAAUAUUAAACCAAUUUAUUAUCUAGUGAUCCCAAAAUAGAGACCUUCUUGCGAAGAAAUAUUAAAUAGCAAGAUCCUUACAUGUAGAAUUAGAUAAUGAUGGUUGCCCUCUAUUCAUCAAUUAUAAGAAACCAAAAAUCCUCUUCAAUUUAGUAAAUUAAAACCCCUAGACUACCAACAAAAUCUGCUAGCAAUUGUAAAUUACCAUAAUUAUCUCCAAAUCAUUUGCAUAUUAAUAACCAUAACAAUAAUCAUACUAAUAAAAAAUCAGGUAAUUUCUUAUUACCUCCAAUAAAUAAUAGAGUUAAAACUGAGUAAAGCGAAUAUUGA